UUUAUACGCUCUUCAUGUCGGCUGUCCCCGCCUGUCAUUCAUUCAUGAAGUUUCAGCUAUAAAGUGAUAAUAAGAAGACAAUUUGUGUUUGUAAAUGUAUUUAUUAGUUUACACUCAUAUAUUUAUUGCUUAAUAACUUAAUACAUACACAGUUCAAAGUAAUACUAGUAAAAUAUUAUUUUAUUUUAACUUUGAGAUGCCUGCAUAUCACUCAAGUUUCAUGACCUAUGACAGUAUGGUGGGCAACAUGGCUGUCCUGCCUUUCAAGACCCAGUUUAGAGGUCCAGCACCGAUCAUGACAUCCAAAGAUACAGACAUUAUUGAUGAAGCACUUUAUUAUUUCAAAGCCAACGUUUUCUUUAGAACAUACGAGAUUAAGAGUGAAGCUGACAGAGUUCUUAUAUACAUCACUCUGUACAUUACAGAGUGUCUCAAACGCUUGCAGAAGUGCAGCAACAAGAACCAGGGGUUGCAAGAAAUGUAUGCUCUAGCAAUAUCCAAAUUUGACAUUCCAGGAGAACCAAGUUUUCCACUAAACUCUGUCUAUGCAAGACCGAUGAAUGCCAAUGAAGCUGAUGCAAUGCGUCAAUACCUCCAGCAGUUAAGGCAGGAGACAGGAGUCAGAGUUUGCGACAAGGUGUUCAGUGGUGACGACGGGAAGCCAUCCAAGUGGUGGCUCUGUUUCUCCAAGAAGAAGUUCAUGGACAAAUCUCUUUCAGGACCCGGCCAAUAAGAAACUCCAGAAAUAGUUUUAUAAUUUGGUCCUUUGCUUUUAAAUAAUAUUAUAAAACGAAAUGAGAAUAAUUGCUUUUAUUUGUUAAAUUAUAAUACAGAUCGCCAGUUUGUAAAUAAAUAUUUAAAAACCGUCCUUGUUUGACCUUCUCCCUCACUUAUUUUUGUGAUAUUGCUAUUUAUACUUUCUUACUUGCAAUUGACUUACAAUCAGUCUAUGUGACACAUGUCCUACUUCACAUUUAUUAUAGUAUGCAAAUAAAAAAAACUCAUAGACCACUAAAUUUACAAAGAGUUACUGAUUUCAGUGAUUUUCUUUUUACAGCUGAAAAUCACAUGAUUGAAAAUUUUUUUGUUUAGUUGGCGUUCUAGUGGCAAGGAGUAAUAAUACUCUUUUCUGAAGUUUAUUUUUUUAUUUUAUUUAUUGACAAUCAGCAAUAUAGAAUUUUACAUAGAUCAGGUCAUAACUUUAUCAGAGCUUAGAUUAUAGCUGUAAUGAUGGAGAAAAAGACACUAUUGAUGUAAACAUUCAUAAGUGUCCCAUGUGUAAUUGAUGUAUACAUGGGCGAUAUCAACAUCAAUUGCCUGGACUCAGGUCGUGAACAGAAUGUGCUUGAGGAAAUGCUAUUGAGUUAUAAUACUAUCAGAAUAAUGCUUCCUGCUACAAGAAUAACACCCACAUCGCGAACAUCUAUUGAUUGUGUAUGCUCCAAUUUAAGAGACGAGGAACUUACUGUACAGGUGCUGCAUGAAGCCAUCUCUGAUCAUUCUGCUCAACUUGCUGCUGUGAACUCUCAUCCUGAAAACGCCUCUUCGUCUUUCAUAAAAAAACGAAAUUUUACAGAUAGAAAUAUUGCAGAGAUCAAGCAUAAAUUAGCUCAGGAAUCGUGGAAUGAUUUAAAGACUAAUACAAGUACAGAUUUUGCCUACAACUUUUUUAAUAGAACAGUCAAUUUGAUUUUAAACCUUGCCUGUCCUUACAAGUAUACAAAACCGAAAAGAAAAAAAGGAAUUAGAGUAUUUGACGCGGAAGCUGACAACUUGAAGAAUGAAUUUCUAAGGGCUCAGUCACAAUACAUACUCACGGGAUUGUUAGAACAUAAGCAAGAAGCUGCUCUUAAAAAGAAAGACUACGAUAUCAAGUUGAAUGCCUUAAUGCGACAUGCAACAGCUGAACAAAUUGCCCUCUCUGAAAACAAAUCUAAAGCUGUAUGGACAGUAAUAAACAGAGAAAGAAAAUCCAAAACUUCACCUGGUCUCCAUAAACUUAUAGGCCCAACAGGAGAAGUGAUUACUGAUCCUCAGAAGAUGGCAGAUUUGAUGAAUAUCACUUUUAUAAAGCUGGCUGAUAAAGCACUUGCAGCUAACCCCCAAUCAAAUCAAUCAACUAGUAGUUCCAACACUCCAGACCUCUACCUGCAACCUACUACAGUUAGGGAAGUAAAACAUAUUAUAAUGUCCUUAAAAAGCAAGACAUCUGCAGGAAUAGACGACAUAUCCUCCAAACUUCUCAAGGCCUGCUGUAAUGAGCUUGCACAGCCACUGACUCUUCUCAUAAAUUGUCACUUAAGGAGGGUAAAUUCCCAUGUUACCUAAAAUUAGCCAAAGUAAUACCUUUGUUCAAGGAAGGCAAUUCUGCUGAAAUUUGUAAUUAUCGCCCAAUAUCUUUAAUAUCAACAUUGUCCAAAGUUUUUGAAAAAAUUGUGCUGUGCCGCCUCUUGGAACAUUUGAAAUACUACGAUCUACUAACAGCACAGCAACAUGGCUUUAUAAAGGGCAGAUCUACAACAACAGCAAUAGUAAGUCUAGUAGAAUGUAUUAUUGACAAGCUUGAAGCUGGAGACACCACCACUUCAAUUCUACUAGACUUCAGUAAGGCAUUCGACUGCCUCGACCAUCACCAAUUAUUAAUGAAGAUGGCACAUUUUGGGAUGAGAGGAAUCACGGCUAGUUGGUUUCGAAGCUACUUAGAAGGCAGACAAUAGAUGGUUGAGCUGAAAUACUUGGAUAAGGGGUGUACAAGAUUAGUGAGAUCAAAGCCCUUAACAGUCACAAGAGGGGUACCACAGGGGUCCGUUCUUGGCCCUGUACUGUUUAUUCUUUUCACCAGUGACCUCCCUGGAUUUCUGGAACAAUAUUCAACUACCAUCAUGUAUGCUGAUGAUACGGUGCUCCUACUAAGUGACAAAAUGCCUAGUAGAUUAGAGGUUACAUCACACAUUGCCAUGGAGAUGGCAAUUCAAUACUGCCACAAUAACAACCUGGUGGUAAAUGAGGCUAAAUCGAAACAACUAGUUAUGGGUAGAAGGAAACACAAAGUAGGGCUAUUACCCAAUAUUGUUCCUGUGGAUGUAGCCAAGUACCUAGGAGUGGUUAUUGACAAUGACCUCAGUUGGACUCAGCACAUAGACAACCUAUGUAAAAAACUAAGUACUGGACUGUAUGUGGUGAAAAGAAUAAAAGAAAUUAGUGACAAGAAAACAGCAACUGUUGCAUAUUAUGCAGUGUUCGACUCCCAUCUCCGAUAUGGUCUUUGUUUAUGGGGAAAUUCUAGUUUACGGAAUUUACAAUGACCUCUUGUUUUACAAAAGAGGUGCCUGCGAAUUUUGGUUGGAAUGCAACCAAGAGAGAGCUGUCGAACAGCUUUUGUCGAGUAUGGUAUCCUUACCGUAGUAGCACUCUACAUUCUUCAAGUGAUAAUGUAUGCAAUAGACAAAAACUUGACAAGAGGCAGUAAUCUCCAAAGUCACAACACUCGUCACGCUGCAAACUUCAAUUUGCCAGCUCACAGGCUAGCAUUGUUUGAAGAAAAACCUUCUUACAUGGGAGCAAAGUUAUUCAACAUGCUGCCUGAUAACAUCAAAUCUCAAGAAGGAAGCCUGAACUUUAAGAAGGAACUAAAAAGAUGGCUGCUGAGUCAUCCCUUCUACACCAUUGAAGAAUUUCUGAGCUGGAGAACUCAAUGGACUACAUAAACCAUUAUGAAAAUCUUAUUAUUUUGUAUUGACGCUAAUGUAAUUCUCUAAGAAUGUACAAAUAAAGAA